AUGGUGACGCCACCACAACGCCGCGCGCACGGCCCUCCGGUCCCUUCCGGUCACCUCCAACCGUCUCCUCCCAGCAGCUGCCAGCUCCCAGGCCGCGGGACACCGCCGAGACCCCCACACGGCCCUGGCCGGCGGCGAAACAACCCUCAAGCGCGCGCGGCUCGAGGCCGGAAGCUGCAGGCCACACCCCGGAAGCUACUGGCAGUGCCCCGGAAGCUGCUAGCCAAUCACCGGAAGCUUCCGGCCAAUCACCGGAAGCUGCGGAUCGCGCCCCGGAAACGCAAGGGGGUGCCGGGAAAGAUGGCGGCCGCGGGAGGGACGGCGGCGGCGCCGGUGUGCGUAUUGGUGCUGGGUAUGGCCGGCUCCGGGAAAACCACCUUCGUACAGUGCCUCGCGGCCCACCUGCACGGCCAGCGCUGCCCCCCGUACGUGAUCAACCUGGACCCCGCCGUGCACGAGCUGCCCUUCCCCGCCAACAUCGAUAUCCGGGACACUGUGAAGUACAAAGAAGUCAUGAAGCAAUAUGGGCUGGGCCCAAAUGGUGGAAUAGUGACCUCUCUCAAUCUUUUUGCUACGAGAUUUGAUCAGGUGAUGAAGUUUAUCGAAAAGCGACAAAACGCAUCCAAGUAUGUUAUCAUUGACACACCUGGACAGAUUGAGGUGUUCACGUGGUCAGCAUCAGGAACCAUCAUAACUGAGGCGCUGGCUUCCUCUUUUCCCUCAGUUGUUGUUUAUGUGAUGGACACCUCUCGCAGUACCAACCCUAUCACCUUUAUGUCCAACAUGCUGUACGCCUGCAGUAUUCUGUACAAGACAAAGCUACCUUUUAUUGUUGUCAUGAACAAGACAGACAUAAUUGAUCACAGUUUUGCGGUAGAAUGGAUGCAGGACUUUGAGACUUUUCAGGAUGCUCUGAAUCAAGAGACUUCCUACGUCAGUAACCUGACUCGUUCUAUGAGUUUAGUGCUGGAUGAGUUUUACAGUUCACUGAAGGUGGUUGGUGUUUCUGCUGUGUUAGGCACAGGACUGGAUGAUUUUUUUGUUCAGCUCUCUAAAGCUGUAGAAGAAUAUGAGAGGGAGUAUCGUCCAGAAUAUGAGCGCCUGAGGAAAACAUUGGAAAAGGCUCAAAAUAAACAAAAGAAAGAUCAGCUGGAGCGCCUUCGGAAGGACAUGGGCCCUGUGUGUAUGCAGGGCAACACACUUGCAGGGUCUGAUGAUGCUUCUGCAAUGGGUCCUUCUGAGCUGAUUCUAACACGAGGAAAUCUGGAUGAGGAUGAAGAGGAGAGGGAGAGUGAUACUGACGACAUUGACCAUGAAGUUACUGAGGAGAGUCACGAAGAACCAGCCUUUAAAAACUUUAUGCAAGAAACACGGAUGAGAUACCAGAGAAGAAGCAAUGAGGAUGAAUGAGGCACCCAGAAAUAAAUGGCUUGAAAUUCCUUGAA